UUCCCACUCGAGAAAUUACGUUCACGCUGUCAUGUCGGCCCAUAACGAACUCUUGGCGGCCAUAGAAGCCAACGCAAUUCCAGCUGUCGUACAGCUCACGAAGACCAAGUCGAGUGUCAACCAUGCUGGCUCGACUGGAAUGACGCCGCUCUGCUUGGCCGCCCAUAUGAGCCGCGAGGCCAUCGUGGCCAUGCUUCUGAUGGCGAAUGCCAACCCCAACCAAUCCAACGGCUGUGGCCAGACGCCUCUGAGCAUCGCGGCCACGACGGGUGACGCCGCCAUUGUCGAGAUGCUGCUUCAAGACGGCGCCGACGUCAACGCGACCGACAAGGAUUUGAACUCGCCUCUAUUGCUCGCCGUGCAGCACGGCCACGAGCAAGUCAUGCACCGCCUCUUUGCGGCCAACGCCGACGCGACCAAGCGCAACACGAACGGCGACACGGCGCUCACAGUGGCAAUGACGUGUUGUCGCCGAGACGCCGUCCGCAGAAUUUACGCUGUUGUGGCCCAGCCCCCGACACCGAUUCUUCCGGACGAGGUGAUUGGCAAAAUCAAGCUCAGCUCGGGCGGCCACAAGUGUCUCAUCGAGCACGGCCACUACCGCGGAGAGGGUGUCGCGAUCAAGUCGAUGCUCCAUCCCCGCGACACGCCUGCCAUCACAGCUGAAAUCACCGCGCUGGACGUGUGCAAGUCGCCCUACCUGCUGCAACUACGUGGUAUCACGGGCACAGAAGAACAUCCGCUGAUGAUCACCGAGUACAUGUCGCUCGGCAAUUUACGCGACUUUCUGGACAAGAAACGGGAGGCGCAGGCCGUGCCAAGGGACUUUACAGCCCAGCAAGUGCUGUGGGUCGUCGCCAACGCGCUCGCAGACCUCCACGCCCACUGCUUUCUCCAUCGAGACUUGACGUCGCACAACGUCUUGCUCUGCAACACCAACUACAUCAAGGUCGCCAACCUCGGCGACGCCAACGCCAGUCUUAUGGACCGCCCCAUGUCGAUGCUCUCGUGGUGUGCACCCGAGGUGCUCUCUGGUGCAAGUGGCGCAACGGCCGCCGCCGACGUCUACUCGCUUGGUGUCAUUAUGACCGAGCUCGACACAUUCCAGCUGCCGUACUGGGACGUGAACCUCGACAUGUGGGCGCUCACCGACAACAUCCGCAACGGUCGCGUUCGUCCAGCGGUGAGUGCGACGUGUGCGCCGUGGUACAAGGCGCUGGCGGAGAGCUGCAUGGCGUUUGACGCGACCACACGGCCUACGGCGGAGACGAUUGUUGCGACACUGGAGCUGCACACGAGCCGAUCUACUGGUGCAUGGGCUGCGAACUAGGCUUCCGUGAGCGCGGAUCGACACGUGGGACUGGUGCGAUCUUGCGGCCAAGAAGCUUUUCUGAAGAAACAAACAGAAGCGGCAAUGUGCUGUAUAGCUCGGAAGUGUUGUUAGCAUAAGGGAAUAUCACAAACGGCUUGUGUACGACGCGAAUUCAUG